AUGUAAUCAAAUAAACCUGAAAUUCUGAUGAGAAAUUUUGAUUUUUAUAACAAUGCAACUUGGCAAUAAGUCAAACCCAAAAUUAAAGCCAUCAUUGAGUAAUUUUAAUAAUAAUCAAAGCCAUAAAUUGAAGAUCUUAAAUCAUUCUAUCAAGAUCUUGAAUAUGAUCACUCUUUUAUUUAAUGGAUGUUCCCUAACUUUUAUGCAAGUAAAUUCAACCCAAACUCUUACAAACUAACAUUAGAAGAAAGAAAUAGAAUGAUUAAGUCAGAAACUAUCCGAAAGAGAUUUUAUAAAAACUAUAUAUUAAUUUUACGAUUCUUUGGAAUCUUAUCAAAAUCAAAGUAAGUUAUCGUCAUAGAUUUACCUGAUGAUUCUAACGAAAGCAAUUAAUAUUCCUAACUACAAACACAGACUAUUUAAAAAUAAUAAAACCCAAAAGGUUUAGCUACUAUAAGCGUAUAAGAAUCACAAAAUAGUAACCAAAAAUAAAGUGAAAACUCUAAGAUCAAGUAAGCUACCUUGGAUUAAUUUAUAAAAUCUAAUUAGCAAACUACUAAGGAUGAAUAAUAAUAAGAAUUAGUAUUAAUUGAUAAAAAUUAAUUUGAAUUGUGUUGUUUAAGAAACACGCAUAAUUUAUUGAGAUUGAAGAGAAUUCUGUCAUCCUUGAGUGUGUUGAAACAUAGAAAGGAAGCAAUUCAACUUUGUUAGUUUUUGAAAAAAGAGUUGACGAAUUUGGGACGGGAGAAAGUUUAUUAGGAGUAUUUUAGUGGGUUUGAUAGAUAUGAUGAGGAAUUAACUCAUAAGGAAUUAAAAAAGAAGAAAGGGGAGAAUCGAUAUUUCAAUGCUUACAAGUUGCUUUAUGUGGAUGAAGAUUUGGUUGAGAAAGUGGACAUUUCAAUAAUUUAAUGA